GACUGCUUCAAGAAGCGGCGGUACCGCAGUGGCAAUUGAGCCUCGUAUUAACGGCUAAUUUAACGCGCGCCGAAAAACUAAAGUAGGGUAGUUGGACGAGAGGAUCACUUUCGGGUCUUUAUCGAGUCUUCGUGUAUCGCUCCGGGCGGUAGGGCGAGAUGGCUGUGUGGGGCGGCGCGACGGAGAGCGAUCUCAAGGCGGCGGGGGCAGAAGCGCUACCGGACGGGCGGAGCGGCGUUCGUCUCAGAGGCUGGCACAUCGAGUCCUCUAGGCGGCCCAUUCUUAACUCCCUCGCCCUCCAAGAGUGGGAAGAAAAGCUUGGGACAUCACACUUGCCUGAGAUGGUUUUUGGGGAGAGUUCUUUAUACCUUUUACAUGAGGAUAGUGGUAUUAAGUUGCACUUCAAUGCAUUUGAUGCUCUGAAGGGUUGGAAACAGGAAUCAUUGCCACCAGUUGAAGUUCCUGCAGCAGCAAAAUGGAAAUUUAGGAGUAAACCUUUUCAGCAAGUGAUACUUGAUUAUGACUAUACAUUUACAACACCAUAUUGUGGCAGUGAGGCAAUAGAACCAAAUUCAGAAAAGGCAAUUUCAGAAGGUGGGUGCUGUAGCCUGUGCUGGGAGGAUUGUGAUGAACGAAUUGAUCUGGCUGUACUGUCCUCAAAAGAACCAAUUCUCUUCUAUGACGAGGUAGUUCUAUAUGAAGAUGAGUUGGCUGACAAUGGAGUAUCACUCUUAACUGUCAAAGUGAGGGUGAUGCAAAGUUGCUGGUUUCUUCUACUUCGCUUUUGGCUCAGAGUUGAUGGAGUACUAAUGAGAUUGAGGGAUACUCGAGUUUAUUGUGCAUUUGUAAGUGAUCAGAAGGCCAUACCUGUCAUUCUUCGUGAGAGCUGCUGGAGAGAAGCAACAAUCCAGAGUUUGUCUGCUAAAGGUUUUCCUUCUGAUUCUGCAUCAUAUGGAGAUCCAAAUCUUAUCAGUGAGAGGCUCCCAGUCAUUGCACAUAAGACUCAAAGGCUGAAAGUUUCCAGGUCUAUCACAGAAGGAAGUUGAUGAGACCAUUCAUAGAUUUUGAUGGCUUUUCUGCAUGUAUUACUUAUAUCUAUACUUCCACAACAUCUGUCUGAGUGUUCUCUGCAUUACUGUUUCUAAUUUCUGGAACUAGGAGAGGCCAUUUGUCAGGUCACAGAUUAAUGAUUGAAUGAAAAAUUUCAUCGUCUAGUAUUUGUAUCUGCAUUGACUAUAUAUGCAUGCUAUAAACUUGCUAAAACUAGCCAACUCUUCAUGAUGUAAAUAUCUCCUUUUUUUGACCUUUUACAACCUUAAUACAUUGAUGUUUGGAUA